CGUAGGGCCUCCAGCCGGGAGGCAGGGGUGUUGCGGGGUUAGAGCCCCGGCCGCCAGGCGGGCAGAGGCCACCUUCGCUCCGCGCCACACCUGCCGCCGCGCCGCGAUGAGCCGCGUGGUAUCGCUGCUGCUGGGCGCCGCGCUGCUCUGCUUCCACGGAGCCUUCUGCCGCCGGGUGGUCAGCGGCCAAAAAGUAUGUUUUGCUGAUUUCAAGCAUCUCUGCUACAAGAUGGCCUACUUCCACGAGCUGUCCAGCCGCGUGAGCUUUCAGGAGGCACGGCUGGCUUGUGAGAGCGAAGGGGGAGCCCUUCUGAGCCUGGAGAAUGAAGCAGAGCAGAAGUUAAUAGAAAGCAUGUUGCAGAACCUGACAAAGCCAGGGAUAGGAAUUUCCGAUAGUGAUUUCUGGAUAGGGCUUUGGAGAAAUGGCCAGGGGCAAACAUCCGGUGCCUGCCCAGAUCUCUACCAGUGGUCGGAUGGAAGCAGUUCCCAGUACCGAAACUGGUACACUGACGAGCCUUCCUGUGGAAGUGAGAAGUGUGUUGUGAUGUAUCAUCAGCCAACGGCCAACCCUGGCCUGGGGGGCCCCUACCUUUACCAGUGGAAUGACGACAGGUGCAACAUGAAGCACAAUUACAUCUGCAAGUAUGAACCAGAGAUUAAUCCAACAGCUCCUGUAGAAAAGACGUAUUUUACCAACCAACCUGGAGAUACUCAUCAAAAUGUGGUUGUUACCGAGGCAGGAAUAAUUCCCAAUCUAAUCUAUGUUGUUAUACCAACCAUCCCUUUGCUCUUACUGAUCCUGGUUGCUUUUGGAACCUGCUGUUUCCAGAUGCUGCAUAAAAGUAAAGGAAGAACCAAAACGAGCCCAAACCAGUCCACACUGUGGAUUUCAAAAAGCGCCAGGAAAGAAAGCGGCAUGGAAGUCUAGUAACCCAUUGACCUGGCUCCAGAAAAGAAAACAGAGUUUUAUAAUUCUGGAUCUGUGUAAGGAAUGGCAUCAGAACAUUAGCUUGGAAUGGCUUGAAAUCUCAAAGGAUGUGCAAGAUGAACUGUAAGCUCCCCCUUGAGGCAAAUGCUAAAAUAAUUUUUAUAUGUUCAUUAUCUCAUUUAUAAAAUAAUGCUGUGCUAAUCAUGGAGUGAGACGUGCUUAUUUUGCUAAAGGAUGCAUCCAAACUUCAAGUCAAUGGGAUGGAUAAGAUGCAGAUAAAAUGGCUGUGAACACAUCAGAGCAAUGUGUGUGUUGGAAGCCGUUAUCUAUGUCUCUUUUACCUUUCAUAAGUUGUAAUCUAGUUAAUAUAAUGUAAAUUGCAUUGAAAUUUACAGUGUGCAAAAUAUUUUUCCUUUACAUGAGUGUUUGAUAGAAUGGACUGUACUAGUAUUUAUUUUUAUGAUGUCUCAUUUUUCAAUACAUGCUGUUUUGAUUAAAGAAAUGUAUCGCUGUUGUCAACUGAAUUCACACACACAUACAUCGAUUACUGUAGAAAAAAUUUCAUUUUUUAGAAAUGGCUCAUCUUCUUUUAGUUUCUCUGCUUUGGGUCAGAGGAAGUUUAGGAAAUGUCUUCAGAAAUAAGAAGUUAUUUCAUUAACCGUGGUAUCUACUCCAAUAUUUUACUUAGAGGCAAGAAUUGUCUAAUUUCAAUUGUGCAAGACAUGUGCCUUACAAUUAUUUUGAAUUUAAAGUUCAACAGAUUUUGUAAUAACUUUGUUAAAUAGCUGUAUAAACAAUAAUAUACUCAAUCUAGAACAAAAAUGGUGGCAUACACAAUCAAGAUAAUGUCUUCACAUGUUGCCUAUAUAACCACAAGUAGCUCUCCGAGGGUUCUGAAAUCAGUCCCUCUCUUGCCAGCAAAGCAAAGAUGGUUCUGGUGUUGACUCUGGAGGUGCAGAGUUUGAUUAAGGUCUUUCCUGGCUCUGUUUAGCCUCUAUCAGCAUAUAAGGGGGUUUAAGAGUUGGGACUAGUUGGGUGGUCACCAUGAGUGUGGAGUUAAGCACAGCACGUUGACAUUGCCACGAGGAAAGAAACUGAAAUCGUGUAAAAAUGUGUUUGUAGGCAUCAGUGAUCAUGUGUUCCCUGUCCAGGUUUUGGCUGGGAGAAUAAAUUGGAGCGGCUCUGUACUAUCUUCUAGUUUCUUCAAUGCUUGUGGCUCCUUCCUCUCAAGAGAGAGAUGUAACUAUCUGGUCUUCAAAUGUCUCUGUGCUCCUUUUAACCAAAUAAAAAAAGUUCUUGUUUCUGAAGAAUGAUCAUUGGUGCUGUCUAAAUCUCUUACGUGAACAAAGUACAGAUGUGUUUGCAAUAAUGCAUGGAAACAAAUGACUCUUCACGCGUGGUAAGAAUGGAAGUUU